GUAAGCGCCUCAGUUGGUUCGCAAAUAUGAAAGUAAUUCGUUUGAUUUUUCAUGAGAAGGGAAAAUAAAAUCUCCCGUAAUCUUUUCUUUCAUGUGUUUGAUAACAUAAGGAUUGAACCAUCUUUUUUUGGAAUCCGGCCUAAUCCCAAAAAAAAAAAAAGUAUAUUUGAAUUGGAUUGCUAACACAAUAGCGCGCGCGCGCGCCCAGAAUGCAGCAGACGCAUAUGAAGCAACUGGUCUACACCAGAAUCCAAGCAUGGAAGCGGUGCAUGUCUUUAGCCCAACGCUGCACCAACAUGCGCACCCUCAAACCCACCCACGCCGUCUUCAUCACCCACGGCCUCCACCUCAACAACUACGCCGUCAGCAAACUCAUCGCCUUCUGCGCCCUCUCCGACUCCGGCAAUAUCCGAUACGCCUCUCUCCUCUUCAACCAAGUCCAGACCCCCAACACCUACAUGUACAACACCCUGAUCAGAGCCCACUCCACCAGCUCCGAGCCUUAUCUGGCCAUGCAUUACUUCCGUCUUAUGUUAAACCAGAGCGACUUAGAACCCGAUAAUUUUACGUUUCAUUUCGUCAUCUUGGGUUGUGUGAAUUGCGCUUGGAUUGUUCCGGGGAGGCAGAUUCAUAGUUGGGUGGUCAAGAAUGGGAUGGUUAUAGUGGAUGCUCAUGUUCAGACUGCGCUUGUGAGGUUGUAUGUGGAAUGCAGGGUUUUAGGGGAUGCACACAUGGUGUUCGAUGAAAUUUCUGAGAGAGAUAUGAUACAGUGGAAUGUGAUCAUGAAUGGGUAUGUGAAGUGCGGCUUGGCUUCUGAGGCUUUGAGGGUUUUUCGGGAUAUGUUGGUGCGUGGGUUUGAGCCUGAUGAUUUUUGUGUGGCUACGGGGCUCGCGGCGUGUGCUCAUUUGGGGGCUCUUUGGCAGGGGAAGUGGAUUCAUGAGUAUGUUAGAAAGAGGAAAGGGUUGGAUUCGGAUGUGUUUAUUGGGACGGCACUUGUUGAUAUGUAUGCCAAGUGUGGUUGUAUUGAUUUGGCUGUGGAGGUGUUUGAGGGAAUGGCGAAAAGGAAUGUGGUGUCGUGGUCAGCAAUGAUUGGAGCGUUUGGUGUGCAUGGUUAUGCGGCAGAAGCAAUUUCUUGCUUGGAGAGAAUGCAGGUAGAUGAUGGAAUCAAGCCUGAUGGUGUUGUCCUUCUUGGAGUUCUGAUGGCCUGUACUCAUGGAGGAUUGCUUGAGAAGGGCAAGGCCCUGUUGGACAACAUGAAAGCUCAAUAUGGGAUUGUGCCCAAACACGAGCAUUAUAGUUGUGUUAUAGACCUGCUGUGUAAAGCAGGUCGAUUAAGUGAUGCAUUUGAGCUUAUUAGAAGAAUGCCCAUGAAGCCGCUUGCUUCUGUGUGGGGUGCUUUAUUGAGUGGGUGCAGUAUCCAUAAUAAUGUAGAUCUUGCAGAGAUUGCUGUCGAACAACUUCUACAGCUAGCAAAUGAUGACAGGGGAGAAGAAGUCGGUGCUUAUGUUCAGUUAUCAAACAUUUAUUUAGGUGCCCGGAGAAGUGAAGAUGCACUUAGGAUAAGGAAGAUGAUUGGUGAAAAAGGAAUCAAGAAGACACCAGGCUGCAGCAUGCUAGAGGUGGAUGGGAAGGUUAAUGAGUUUGUUUCAGGAGAUGUAUCCCAUUCACAUUGUGUUCAGAUUUGUACAAUGUUGGAUCUAAUAUCUGCUGACUCAUUUCAGGAACUGUAAAAUUAGUUAUACAGAUAUAAAAGAACUUUAGCUGUAGUUACUUAGUUAUUCAUUGUAUUCAGGGAUUCAUUUUUGCCAUACAAUCGUGCUUCUUCUUCAACA